AUGCCGCAGUUGAGGUCAGGGAAAGUGGUGACAGCCAGCGGAGUGAAGCAGGUUGACUCGGAGGUCAGCAGCCCCGGCUCUUCGGGGGCAGGGUGUGAGCCAGGGGAAAAGCUGUUAGUCAAGCAGAUUCCUCGCCUGGCAUCGAAGAGGAAGCCUGAGCAGCCCUUUCCUUCCCUUCCACAACGUGCCAGGCUCUCUGCCCCUUCCUUUAAGUGUUUUGCUCUUCCUGUGCCUGUGCAGAAGGAGCAAGGUGAAAACAGACAGAAAUUCCCAGGUAAAAAAAACAAGGGAAUCCAGCACAGGAAGUCUAGAAGAAAGAAGGGUAUAGCUUCAGUUUCAGACACAGCUGAUUGUGAAGAUUGGCAAGCAGCAGACACAGCUGCAGAAAUGUGCUGGCAAGAGACUCUAAGAGGGACAGGUCAAAGCCAACAGUUACUUUUCUCAGGGACUGCUUUGCAGAAUAAAUUCCUAGCAGGGAUUGAAAGGAAUGAACAUUGCUCAGAAGAGCUGAGCUACUCAGGUUUCCACAAGGGUUCAAAGAGCUCAGGAAGAGAACAUAAACAUUCCUGUGUGGAAAUAAAAUUACAAGUCCCAUCCUUAAAGGAGGAAAUUGAGAGCACAGAGAGACAUGGUUUUCCAGAGCCAGGUCUUCAAUCCAAAAAGGUCACACAGAGUACUGAAGUGAAAUGCACUGACUCCAUAAUAUCACAGAAUAUGCAGAUCCCAGAUUUUCGGAAGAAUUUGGGCGCUCAGGAAGCCAUGCCUGAACCAAAACCUCAGGAAGAGGUUGAUAUAGCAGAGAAGUUGAAUGGGUGUCCAUUAGUUGGAUCAAGAACACUAGGGACACAGGAAAAAGGAAGGAGAUGCUUGGGCAAGGAAAGCAAAUCAGUGGUGAAACCAAAAGUACAUGGUCCCAGAGAGAGGAAUAGUUCUGCCUUGCUGGAACAGCAUACACCAUGUCCAGAGUCCAGGAAAGGAGCUCUGAGUAUGAGGAACAGAAAUGCAUUGCUGUCACAGAAGCUGCAGGAUCUGAGUGGACGAGAACAACCAACAACCAGGAGAAAGAAGCGUUGCAGGAAAGAAGAGCAGCAGAGCUCAAGCCAUCAGAAAGGACCAGACAGCCCAGGGGAAAGUGCAGAGGAACAAUUAAAAGCAACUGAGCAAGACUCUGGUACUUCACAGGCUGUGAAGAAGGUUAAGACAAAGCCAAAGCAAAACAGGGCAGAAGAUUCUAAGGAAAAAGAAUCUCACUAUUCUGGAACUUCCACAGUUUCUACUUCAGGUGACACUGAAAGCAAGAGCUUUCUGUGCCAUCCUGUAACAGAAGAGCCCGGUGCGCAGUGUAGAAAAAGGCAACACAGAUCUGGUCAAAUGAAGCACUUGCAAAGUUUAAGUGGGACUGCAGCUGAAAAGGUGAUGAGUACAUCUGCAAAAUGUGAUGCUGAACAUGGCAGUAAUGCCCUACACCAUUGCAGUGGCUUGCUCUGUGCAACCGAAAAGAAUCCAUUUGUCAGAUUAGAGGACUGUAGUUAUAUCAAUACAUUAGUGAAGCCUUCAGCUGUUGGAACUACCAACAGUUACAAAUUGAAUGGAUUCUUCCAUGUAGCCCAUGGUACUGGAGACCUGAAUGAGAGAAUUUGCAGCACUAGUAGAAUGCAAAAUGAGAGAUCAUUCAUAAAAGGCAGUUUAUCAUCUAAUAAAGAAAAGAAUGAAAAUGAAGAAGGUUGUGUUUCAUGCUGCAUGAGUGAAAACAGUAAGUGUUUAAGGGAGAAAAACUGUAAUAUUGGUAGAAAGCAUAGAAAAAAGAUGAAAACCACAGAGAAGUCUGCAGACAUGGCUGGUAAAUGCAAGAAGUGUGAGUUACAAACAGAAGCAGCAGUUGCCAUGUCAAACUCCUUUGCAGUUUCAGGACUAAAUCAUACUCUCUCAGCUUCAUGCGAUCAUACAUCAGAUUUUGAUACAGAAAAAAAUACUCAUGAACUUCAAACUGUAUCAGCCUGGAGAAAGAACAGUAGCAAAUUACUUGCACUUGAAACUGGCUUUAAGAAGACAUCUGUGCUCUCUGCAAUAGUAAAAGGAGAAAAUUCAAGCAGUGUGGCAGAUUAUGCAGCUGCUUCAGAUAGCCUGAGAGUGUUAGCUCAGAUCCAUGAUGUUUCUGAUUGUCACAAAAGCAAGGCAGGAGGAAAUUUGAACGAAGUUAAUAAGAAAUUGCAGCAGUUUACCUGUCAAAGAACAAUACCCAUGACUGGUAAAAAAGUUUGGCCUGUUGAAUCUUGUGCCAGGACUUCUGAAUGGUUUCUUAAAAAUCACAGGUCAGAAGAAAAAAUACUUUUAAAGGUUGCUUUUGAGGAUUCCUCUGAUAAAAGCAGUGUUAAAGCUGUAGGAGAUGGUACAGUGAUUGGGAAUGUGAGACAGCUGGAUUUGCAUACAUCACUGGCAGAAAUUACAAAAGAAAUUACACAUAAAAAGAUUGAUCCAAAUAUUGACUGUCGGGCUUCAUUUGAAACAACGGGAUCCUCUUCUGUGGAUAUUUAUGAGACUUUGACAAUGAACAGUGCGAACGGGGAAUCGCCAGUUAAUACGGAUAGAAGUGCCGUGGCUUUUAACCAUGAUGAUGUGCAAGAAGUUAAAGCAACCUUGAAUUUUACAGCAAAACAAAAAGAUGAAGAUGAAGGAGAUGUAACAGAAAGAAGCCUGUCUAUGACAGUCCAGAAUGUCCGGAAUAGUACUUCUACAAGUAACACAAACAGUAUAAGCUUCAGCCCUAAAGUAUCACUAGUGAACCAGAAAUUACCUGAUUUAAACCUAAGUAAACCAUUAACCUCUGGAAACCUGACAAAAUUCAAAAUUCCUUUAUGCAGAAAGAAACCCGAAUCCAAGAAACUGGAAUCUGUCCAUUCAUUUGAAAGCAAAACUUGUAGUCCACUAGAGCUUCUUGAGAGCACUAGUCCAGAAAGGCAGAAGACAGGUGAAGAGACUUUCUUGGUAAAAUCUGAGCAGGGUCCUCUUCCUGUGGUGAGUGAUGCUACAUCUCCACCUUCCAUACAGAAAAAAGCAGAUGAGAUCGACAGUAAGGACUUCCAGCAGAAUGGCUCUGUGAAUCUCUCUGAUGAGAUGUCCGUGCUCUCUGAAAGUUUUUCUGCAUAUUCACAUCCUCUUCUUGAUGGACAACCAGAGCCAUCUAUACCUGAUCUCUAUGGUACUGAAUGUGUGCUGAAAUCUAGUUUUCCUGAUCAUUCUUGGAAUGCAGUCGACCACCUUGUUGGAUUAGAAAUAAAUGAUGAUAGAAAAUCAAGACGGAAUUUUUCACAACACAAAAAUCAAAAUUUACCAGAUAUCCUUGAAGCUUACAACCAAGAUGUUCUUGUCAUUGAUGUGAUUCAGGAUGACCCUGACCUUUUUGGAAUCAGUAAUGAAGAGGCGCUUGCACCUGCACCCUGUGAAAAUUGUCCAGUGAAAGAGUCCUCUGCAAACGGCAUUAAAGACACAAAGGAGUAUAUUAAGCCAGAGUCUCCAGUUACCUCAGAAAAGACAUAUUCAGUAGAGAGUAGUUUUAGUUCAAGCUUGCAGAUGGAGCACCUGAUGCUGAAGAUGAAAACAAGAGUGAAGGUGAAAAAAGGUUACAAAUCUUCAGGAAGAAGUACUUUACUGCCAUUGAAGGAUUGUGGAGCUUUUGAGCCAUGGAAGAUGGAGAAAAGUGCAGUUGCUUCUCAUUCAGUCCAGCAGAUCCUUGAUGCACUUAACUUGCCCCGUAAAUACUGCAGAUACUAUUUCAUGACUUCACGUGGCUGUGAAAGAACAAAGUGUUGGUUCUCUCAUGUUCCAGUUCAAGGGGAUGAAAAGAUUUGCAUGGCAAUUCUUAGGACAUACAUUAGUAUCAAAGAAUCAGGCCUCCUAAGACGUGCAGUUCAAAUAUUUGUGCAGUAUUACAAAGAAGUUACUCCUGGUAUGGAUUUUGCUUCUGAAGUGCUGAAUGAUCUUCUUGUUUCGUUGCUCAACAACUGUUUGUUGCAGGAAGUAUUCCAAAUAUUGAAUGUAAUUGUACAAAUCAAGAUACUGCCAGCUGUAGAUGUUCUUCUGAAAGUUUUUGAGCAUGUGGCUUCUUUGAAUAUAAGAAAUGCUGUGCCUACAUUAAUCAAUACCUUCUGUAAGCUCAUUGGUGCUGGUAUGUUCCUUGAGUUGGAACACUUUGACUACAUUAUUAAGUUACUUCAGCAAUUGCAAGUUUCCAGUUGGGAAAUGACUACUGUUUUGAACAUAAAAUCCAGAUUUGAGGAAAGAUAUUUUGAAAAGACAUGGAUUUUUGACUUCAACUUGGCUGUGGCUGAAAUUCAGCAUUGCAAGGAAAAAAGGGACUGGACCAAGCUAGGAGCUUUGUAUCUUAAUGCAAGAACUGGAUGCGAACAUUUUGAUGAUCUUCAGAAAUUGUUUGUAUCUAUUGCUGAAAUUCUAGCCAAAGAUUCUGAAACAGACAGACCAGGAGUUCCUUUUUGUGAUUUUGCUGAUACAGUAGUGAAAAAUUCACACCAUAAUAAAGCAGACAGACUUUUCAUUGGAAGGACUGGGAUAAGUGUAAUGUAUUCGUAUCACAAAGUACUGCAGUGGAUAAAGGGAAGGAAGGUUUUGGAUAAACUGCAUGAGCUACAGAUAGAUUUUACACUCUUGAAAGGACUUGUAGGUGCAGGGAAGUCAGCAUCCAGAUGUCAGAUUGUUAAUAAAGCUGCAGAAAUCUUUCUUCAUUCUGGAAAUUUGGAUGGAGCAACAAGGGUAUUGAGAGAGUCAGAGUGGAUCACAGAUGCACCGUUGUGGCCCUGUAAUAAAAUGGACAUCCUCAAUCGACAUAAUCUGUUAUGUGCAAUAGUGCAUAAAUACUUGAGGAAGAGUUUGUACAGGCAGGCAUUUGAAGUUCUGCAGAACUUACCAGGUUUGCAGAAACAUUCUGAUAUUGUAAAUGCUUCUCAAUACAGUUGCCUUUUUAACAAGCUGAUAAAUGCCUGUUUUGAGAACAAGAACCUUGGGGUCUCGUCUUCUGCAGUAGAUUUCAUGCUUUCCAAAAAGAUUGCUAUUGAUUUUGCUUUACUUAGAGGAUUAAUCACAGCUUUGGGAAGAAGUUCUUUAUGGUCCAAAGCUAGGACCUAUUACAAAAAUGCUUUAUCACUGGGUUGCUACCCAGAGCUGCAGGGAAAUUUUUAUCACAAAGUUCUGAAGAUUCCAUCAUACCUAUCUGAAGUUGAGAUGCUGUUGACCAUUGAAAUAUUUCUUGUUUCAAAUGCUAGUGAUAUUCAAAGUUCAAGGAAUACUAGUCAGACUCUUCAAAUAAUACUGAAAAGAUAUGAAGAUACAGUUCAGAAUAACAAUGCCUAUCAUGAGGCAGUGGAGAGGCUGAUCCAGGCAGCUCGUUUAUCUGAUCCAAAGCUUUUUCUUAAGCAUAUGACCAUGAACGUUAAUAUGGAAGAAGUUUACAGCCUGGAGCAUUCAUCUGCUUUAAAAUGGCUUCAAGAGAAUAUGAAAUGGGCUGAGAAAGUCUGGCUGUUUCAGUAG